AGCGCCCCGCUCUGCUACCGGCUGCCCCGUGCCCCCACCUUAUCCCUGAGAGUUCCUCCUCUCUCCGGGACCGUUCCCCACUACUCUUCCUUCAGACCUCAGGUUCGGGGAGGUGAUAGCGGCGUCUCGCGGGAUUGCCUGGAUUUGGAAGAGGCGUCAGGGCUCUGCAGACACUUCUCUUGUUCCCUCGCUCCUCUGUCCCAGCAGUAGUAGAGGGGCAACUCCAGCCUACCUUGUACGAAGAGACCUUGAGAACGUAAUUAGACUGGGCGCUGCUUUAAUGAGUCAUUAGGAUCUGAGUUUCCUGAUCUGGGAUCUUUUGCACUUCCCACAUCUUACCUGCUUGUCACCCUUAACAAAUGUUCAGCCUCCGAUACCCACUCGUAAGGUUUAUAGACUUCCCGAGGUGGAACCCAUCUGAUUCUCAGUAAAGAUGCAUCAGUUUCGUGACCUUUUCCAAUAGACGGGUAUUUUUAUGCAAGUUUUGCCAUACAGGAUGAAGCAAGAUCCCACAAGAAAUGCUGCCUACACUGUGGAUUGUGAAGAUUAUGUGCACGUGGUAGAAUUCAAUCCCUUUGAGAGUGGGGAUUCAGGAAACCUGAUUGCUUAUGGUGGCAAUAAUUUUGUGGUCGUUGGCACAUGUACAUUUCAGGAGGAAGAAGCAGACAUUGAAGGAAUUCACUAUAAAACACUACGAACAUUUCAGCAUGGAGUCAGGGUCGAUGGCAUAGCCUGGAGUCCAGAGACUAGACUUGAUUCAUUGCCUCCAGUAAUCAAAUUCUGUACUUCUGCUGCCGAUAUGAAGAUUAGAUUAUUUACUUCAGAUCUUCAAGAUAAAAAUGAAUACAAGGUUUUAGAGGGCCAUUCAGAUUUCAUUAAUGGUUUGGUAUUUGAUCCCAAAGAAGGCCAAGAGAUUGCAAGUGUGAGUGAUGAUCAUACCUGCAGGAUUUGGAACUUGGAUGGAAUACAAACAGCUCAUUUUGUUCUUCAUUCCCCUGGAAUGAGUGUGUGCUGGCAUCCUGAGGAAACUUUUAAGCUGAUGGUUGCAGAGAAGAAUGGAACAAUUCGGUUUUAUGAUCUUUUGGCUCAACAGGCUAUUUUAUCUCUCGAAUCAGAACAGAUGCCAUUAAUGUCAGCACACUGGUGCUUAAAAAACACCUUCAAAGUUGGAGCUGUUGCAGGCAAUGAUUGUUUCAUUUGGGAUAUUACUCGUUCCAGUUACCCUCAAGAUAAGAGACCUGUCCACAUGGAUCGAGCCUGCUUAUUCAGAUGGUCCAUGAUUAAUGAAAACUUGUUUGCAACCACUGGUUAUCCUGGCAAAAUGGCAAGCCAGUUUCAAAUUCAUCAUUUAGGGCACUCUCAGCCCAUCCUCACUGGUUCUGUAGCUGUUGGAUCUGGCCUUUCCUGGCAUAGAACUCUCCCACUCUGUGCAAUCGGAGGAGACCACAAGCUGUUGUUUUGGGUGACGGAAAUGUAAAAUGAAUUUUCUGUGUACUUUAGAUCGAUAAAACUGUAUUUUUAGUACAUAUUUUGGAGAAUUCCUUAUUUUUAUAUCAAAUAUACACUGCCAGCUCUAGAAAUGUUCCAUUUGUUGCUUUUGUUAAAUAAAAUGUUGAUGGUUUGAAAAAUUA